AUGAAUUACGGAUACAAUAAGGAUCGCAACAACUUCAACGCGGCUAACAACCGCGCCUAUCCCACCACUCCCUCCGCUUUUCCGCAGCCCAUAUAUGCAACUCAGGGGGCUCAGGAAUAUGUCGAUCCUUCAAACCCAGCCUAUGGUCCAGGUUAUUUUGUCUCCAACCCCUACGAACAACAGCAACAACAGCAGCAACAACAGCAGCAACAGCAGCAACAGCAACAGCAACAACAGCAGUAUGCUCAGCAACAACAGCAAUAUGCUCAGCAGCAGCAAUACGCACAGCAACAGGCCCUGCAAUCGCCCCAACCUGCCUAUCAGAACCGUCAGGGCUAUCCCAACGAUGGAGCAAACGGCCUGAUCCAACAAUUCUCCAACCAGGAUUUGAACGCCAACCGAGGUGGGUUCUUUAAUAAAGCUCAACCUCAACCUCAAUCGCCUGCUGCCCAGCGGCCUCGUACCGCUGGUGGCUCUCCCGCACAGGGACCACCUGCUCAAGCACCGCAUUUGGCUCCUCCGGUUCCUCGUAGCCCUCGCCCACCGGCGGAAAGUGAAGAACUCCAGCGAUUCCCCGAUCGAUACUCUGAGAAUGUGCACAAACGCGGCAAAGCCGCAAAGGAGCUGGUUACAGUAUUCUUUCACGAGAACAUUGAACGCGCACGAGACCGUAACAUGCGCUCUGUGGACCUAGACAAGACCCUUCGCGACCCUAGUGUUCCUGUUGAGAAGAAGCGCCAAGAUGCCGAAACGAUUUCAAAGAGGGAAUCGGACUUCCUCCGAUUCUUGCGAACCAAGGAAACACCGCAGAACUUCCAGACGAUCAAGGUUAUCGGAAAGGGUGCUUUCGGUGAAGUAAAACUCGUUCAGCGUAAGACCGACGGCAAAAUUUACGCCCUCAAAUCUUUGAUCAAGACGGAGAUGUUCAAGAAAGAUCAGCUGGCCCACGUCCGUGCCGAGCGUGAUAUCUUGGCGGACUCUAAGGAUAACCCAUGGUUGGUGAAGCUGCACGCCUCUUUCCAAGACUCGGCGUACCUUUACUUGCUUAUGGAAUUCUUGCCUGGUGGUGAUUUGAUGACUAUGCUCAUCAAGUACGAAAUCUUCUCCGAAGAUAUCACUCGUUUCUAUAUGGCUGAAGUUGUGAUGGCCAUCGAGGCCGUCCACAAGCUUGGAUUCCUUCAUCGUGACAUCAAACCCGAUAACAUCCUUCUUGACCGCGGCGGACACGUCAAGCUCACUGACUUUGGUCUUUCGACUGGUGGCAAAAAGACUCACGACAACGCCUAUUAUCAGAACCUGCUCAAGAACUCAACAUCAAAGGAUCGGAACCGCAACUCAGGAUACUUCAACGAUGCGAUCAAUCUGACAGUCUCGAACCGUGGUCAAAUCAACACUUGGCGAAAGUCCCGUCGCGCUAUGGCGUACUCGACUGUCGGAACUCCAGAUUACAUUGCCCCCGAGAUCUUCAAUGGUCAAGGUUACACCUAUCUCUGCGAUUGGUGGUCUGUUGGUGCCAUCAUGUUCGAGUGUCUUGUUGGUUGGCCUCCAUUCUGCGCUGAAGAUACCAAUGACACAUACCGGAAAAUCGUGAACUGGCGCGAAUGCCUGUACUUCCCAGAUGAGUUGGUUCUUUCGCGUGAUUCGGAAUCGUUGAUUCGAAACUUCUUGUGUGAUCCCGAUCACCGUAUUGGCAGCGACGGUGGACAACAUGGCGGCGCAAAUCAGAUCAAGAACCACCCCUUCUUCCGGGGCGUAGUCUGGGAUCAAUUGCGCAAUAUCCGCGCACCAUUUGAACCUCGCCUCAGCUCAAAUAUCGACGUGUCGUACUUCCCCAUCGACGAGAUUCCCCAGGAGGAUACGAGUGCCAUCCACCGUGCCCAAGUCCGUGCCAUGCCCGACUCGCAAGAAGCAGAGAUGAGCUUGCCAUUUAUUGGUUACACCUACAAGGCUUUCAACGCCUUUGCAAGCUAA